UAGCAGGCGUAGCAGCAAUUUCGGAAUCUGUCCUUGUAUGAUGGCGGACGAAAAUUUCCACUGGAGAAACAGCAACGUAUAGCCUACCCUGAAUACGGCAAAAUUUAUCCCGGUCGACAAACCUAACUUACACCUUCGUCAACAUAAUCAUACAUGGCUUCAUGCCGGGAGAUGUCAAGGUUGUAAGCGCGAAAAUAAAUCAGUUUUCAUUUAGAUAAUUUUAGAAAGAAUAACUAUUUUUUGAGGAUUUUGGAUCUCGAGCAAUCCUACUCACCAGAGCUGCAUCAUUUUGGGAGUACUGGCCCUGAGCAGUUGGAGUCAUGAGUGCUCAGGAGGUGCCCACCGAUUCUGAGCAGGUGGACACAGGGGGUGGAGUUCCAGAUGCCCCGCACCCUACCCCUACCACCACCACCACCACCACCUCUGCCCCCCUCACGGCCCCGGUCACAAUAAAGAAAGAGCCUAGCACGCUGGGGGCCAGUAACGGGAAAGAUGUUCCUGCCGAGAUCUGCGUGGUUGUCGGCGGAGGAAGGUCUCGCAAUGACCAGACACAGGGUUCCUAUGUUUGCGGGAUAUGUGGGAAGAAAUACAAGUACUACAACUGUUUUCAAACACACGUCCGUGCACACAGAGAGUCCGAUAGCAUGCCAGGAGAGGGGGCACCACCGACUCCCAACAAUAGCUUCCGCUACUCCUGUGACAUCUGUGGAAAGAAGUACAAGUACUACAGCUGCUUCCAGGAGCACCGUGACCUCCACGCUGUGGACGACCCAUAUGAGCAGGUUGUUCUAGGACCUGUGGAAGACCUCAAGGAGGAGGAGCAAGUGGAACCUUUCCAGAAAAUUGGACCAAAAACGGGCAGCUAUGUUUGUGAGUUCUGUGGGAAGCAGUACAAGUACUUCAACCCAUACCAGGAGCAUGUGGCUCUUCACCAACCAAUGACAGACUGCUCCUUCGAUAAUAUGAAGUUGCCUCGGUCACGUGGUUCCGGUGGAAACUUGGACGUCAGCAAGUACGGUGCCAUCAAGUUAGAAAAAGACAUUCCCUUCAAUCGGAAAAUGGAAAGCAAAAUGCAGUCCAGCCUGGUAGAUACCAACAGUUCCCAGAACUCAAGUGGUACUCCAAGCCCCCUGGUGACCGGGUCGUUCCCUGCAUCACAGAAACCCUACACAUGUGGCACCUGUGGCAUCCAGUUCCAGUUCUACAACAACCUGCUGGAGCACAUGCAGUCUCAUGCUGCGGAUAAUGAGAACCACAGCAAAGGGGAGUCUCCAAAGACAUCCCCGGGGCCCGUCUCACAAGAGCAGCUGUGGAGCUCCCCUCAGCCCCCGCAUCAGCCCCAGCAUCAGCCCCAAACUCAAAUAGUUCAAGUCCAGAUACAAGCUCAACCCCAGCCUGCACAGAGGAACCACUACACCAACCAGAACAGCGGGCUGCCGGAGAAGGAGCGGCAGCAGGUGGCUGAGCGUCUCCUCAGGGUGAUGUGUGCAGACCUGGGUGCUCUAAACAUGCUCAACAGCAAGGACUUCCUGAAGCUGGCCCAGACCCUGGUGGACACGGGCGCCCGCCACGGUGCGUACUCCACCCGCGACGCCCUGGGAAACAUGAGCUCGCUAGCCCUGCGCCAGCUUCCUCGUAUGUACAAUCAGGUCAAGGUCAAGGUGACCUGCGCACUGGGCUCCAACUCCUCGCUGGGCAUCGCUGUCACCUGCCACUCCCAGACGGUGGGGCCCGAUGCCUGCCUGGUGCUGACAGCCUAUCAGGUGGAGGGUUCCAAGCUCAAGCGCUACAUUCUUGGUGUCAAGGAGGCCGACCUCAGGGAGGGGCCGGAGCAGGUGCACCAGUGGACACAGAACGUCCUGUCGGAAUUUGUUAUGUCGGACAUCCGCACGGUGUAUGUGACUGAGCCGGGGGUAUCCGCUGUGGGGAUGGGGGGCUCACCGCUGGGCGGAGGAGGGCGUGCGAGGAUGUGCCUGCGCUGCGCCGGGUGCUCGCUGGGUGCCGUGGUCCAGGCGGUGCUGGGAAAGCGGAGCCUGCAGGCACGGGGGCUGCAUGAGCUGGCCGAGCUGUUGACCGCCUGUCGCGACAUCGCUGCUUCCACCAGUCUCUCGUUACGGGACGAGUCCGCCGGCUCCGCGGAUGAGGGCACAUCUAAUCCCUCCGGUCCUCCCGGACCCAGCCCCACUCCUCCGUGCUGGGACCGGACGGCCGAGGCCCUGCUCCAGGUGCACGCCCACUUUGAGCAGAUCUGUGAGGCGUACGGGAGGAGCAAGGCUACAGCUCCCACUCUGCAAGGCCUCAACAAACACAUGUUGGGGACACUGGCCUAUCUGCUGGCACCCCUGCGCCUGGCUGCGUUGGAGCUCAGCAGUCAGAGGAGGCCCACUCUUCAGCAGGUGCUGCCUGUUUACCUGCGCCUCGAGAAACUGUUCACAUCCAAGGCCGGGGAGGCGGGGACUGCCAGCAAGCUUUGCCACUACUUCCUGGAAGCCCUCAAGGAGAACUUUAAGGUGGAGAAAGCCCACCAGGUAGCCAUGGUCCUAGAUCCUCAGCUGAAGCUCCGUCCCGUUCCUGCCUACCAACAUGAGGAGAUCAUCGCCCGGGCCUGCGAGAUGGCUACAGACACCCGCGACGGCGGGUACGCCGCUGGUGGGGGGUCUGUAGGCGAGGAGGUGGAUGGACCCUCCGCAGCCAAACGGCCCCGCGGUGACGCGUCCGGCGGGGGGGUGAAUGCCAGAGUUGUAGCAGCCGUGGCGUCGAGCGAGGCGCCGUCAGACGAAAGCCAGACCCAGGUGAGGCAGGAGGUGUUCCAGUAUCUGGCCGAACCACUCCUCCAGGGUAACACCCCGGACCUCAUUCACUACUGGAGCACCACAGUGGGCGACCGCUAUCCCAGGCUGGCACGGCUGGCACUGUGGCUGCUGGCCGUGCCUGCUGUGGGUGUCCGUAGCGAGUGUGUAAGUGUGUGUGAGCAGAGCCUGGCUAUGAAGAGGAGGCAGCAGGUUACAGCUGAGGAAAUGAAUAAGCUCAUCUUCCUGCGCUCUAACAUGGCAUGAACAUGACGGCCCAGUCGCCGAUGCUGAUCUAAUCACAAACUCUCCAUCAGUGACUACACAGACUCUAGUCAGAUCUCAAGGAUGUACUGUAAAAGUAGAGUUGCCCUUAAAACACUUCGAAAGCCUUGAUUAGUGAAGGGCAAAUCUGGACUGGUUAGAUCCUGUUCAAAGAGGCGAGGAAUAAGGGGAUUUUGUCAAGAUGCUGAUCUGGUUAGUGCCAAAUGCAACAAAUAAAAAAUAAAAUAUUAUCAGGGAUUUACUGGCUUUUAAAAUGUCUAGAAUAAAUAUCUAGGAUGGUAAGGGUGUUGCAUAUUGUGCUAGCUUGUAACUGCUGGGCCUUAAAGCGGAAAUUCACAUUUUUUACGUGGCAUUCACUUUUUUGGAUCAAGAUUAUGCGUGAGGCCAUUACUUUGUCAAAAGAAGUAUCUUAAUGGAUAUGGACAACUUUCAGAAGAAAACUUGAUACAACUAUUUAGUUUUAUUAAUCUCUUUCUGUAAAUACAUGGAUUUAGCCUGCUUCGACAAUGUUUUAGAACAAGCCCCAUUCCCUUUCCCUCCCCCAUUCCCUCUCAUUCUGCCCCGGACACUCAACUCCCGUCAUGUCUUGUGGUACAACAUUCCUUCUAUUUCCAAACAUGUUAUUCAUAACCCCUGGUUGCUUAGUUAUGUUAGUUCUAGCCACUGAUCUAAUCUAUUUCCGGUCAACUUUGCUAAGGCCAUCAUUGUUCUUCUAUUGUAUUUAGUAGCCUACUUCGUCCAUGUUUCAUUGUUGAUGACGUCUUUGUCAUGAUGUAGGAUCAGCAGAAAAUAAAAUGACAAAUGUAUAUGCACUGCAUGGACAAGGUAUGUGGGCUCUUCUUCAAAUGAGUGAAAUCAAUAUAUAGGAAUAUCAAUUUAAUUCAUGAUGCUUUCUGAAAGAUAGCACAGCAAUAAUGCACACGUUACUUGUAGGCUUUUCAUGUGGUUAAAGUUCACUUUCAGGUUUUCUGGUCAUCUUAAUAAGAUUCUAAAUGUCAAGUGUGAUAAAACAUAGGAAUAAAAGUAUAACUAGUAUAACCCCUAUUUGUAAAGUCUUCACUAAAAUGUUCUUUUUAUUUUUCACUUUUAAAAUCUCUUUUUGAUUGUAGCCAUUUACAACAAAACAGAUAUGGAUUUGUGGGACCUCUGAUGUAAUAAAACAAAAGGCCGCAUGCAAAAAUUUGUGAAUUUCCCUUUAAAGAUUUCUCUCUUUCUCGCUCUCACUGAAUCACAUCUGACCCGGUCCUGUACAUUAGUGCUAAGCGAUAUGGAAAACAAUCUGUGUCACAUUAAAUUGUUGAGUUGAUAAGAGAACAUUUCAAACACUAAUGUUCACCACAGUUGUUGUAUCCAUCAAUUGUCAGGUUAAAAAACCCAUAUUUCAUUUAAAAAGUCAAACUUCUCUUAAAGACACCUUCUCUUAAAGAAACCGUAUUAGCUAAAUGCCUGCAAUAUGUAGUUGGUAUGGCUGGUGUUGAUAAUUUUCUGUUAUCAUUCUAGCUCUAUGUCAUAGUCAACUUAAAGCCUUUACAUUAUGAAAUUGCCUUGUUUUCACAAUUCUUACAUGGCUUGUAAUCGUCUGACUAGCUCUUUGAAGGACUAAGUAAGUGUUCUCCAAUGGUUGUGUAUAGCCUGGCCUUAGAACGGUUCUGGGAAAUGGUGUCAUUGGACUGAACUGUUUUUUAAUGACUACGCUGAUUUGGGGUUAGUGUGUUUGAGAACAUGUUUGCUUGAUUGCCCCUAGCAAGUUGUGUUUUUUCCUAAUAUGUUACACACUGUGGCCAAUUGAUUAUGUACAACACCUUAUUCACGAAAAUGGAUUGCUCCUAGAGACUGUAAACCUCUGUUUUCUUUCUAUAUUAAACAGCCUGUAGAUUCCAUACUCUGGGGAAUUCAGGCCCUUUUGGAUGGUGGGGGGGUUCAACCCUGUACAAAAUGACCUGGCCACUGAGUUGGUCUCCAUGAGUUUAGUCCUUGUGUAUAGCCAUAUUGUUUUUAAAGACAGUCUUUCACUACACCAAUCUCCAUGUGUCUGUAUUUGUCAUUGUCAUCAUUAUUGUUCUUAAUCUUUACUUCUCGUUUGAAUAUUGUACAUCAACAAUAGACCCAUGUAUUUUUUUUUCCCCCCAAAAGCAACUAGUCCAAAGAAACUGUCUGUACUGGUGUGGCUGUUUCAUACUUUUAAUGCACACUGAUUUUUUGGUUUGUAUAAUUUUUGAUUGUAAGAUUGCAGACCUGGGUUGAAGUACAUGUAUAUUUUAGUAUUUGUUUUUUAAACUAGUUAAAAUCAACUACUUCUAAUUGUGGUGAAAUUAUUUCUAAAGAAUUGCCUGUGUGAAAUACGCUACUUAUAUAUAGAUAUAGUAUUUUUACAUUCUGGGUUAAUUAAAUGAGUGUUUUAGUCACAAUUAGAGUUGAAUGUUUUUCUAAAGGCAUUCUGAUAUUCAGUGCCCAGUUUAAAAACAAAUCUUUAUUUAUUAACCUACUUCUAAUUAGCCUAAUUGUAUUUGAACCCAGGUCUUGUAUGUUUCCUUCGCAGUUUCCCUGCAAUUGAAUUUUGUCUAUCCUGAGUUAAGUGUGAAACUUUAUAUUGCCUUUAAUUAGUGGGAAUGUGUAUAGCAUCCCCAAAAGCUUGACCAAUACUAUAUUGGAAGUUGGUGUCAUGCUUUGGGUACGUAUUUUAGUAAUACACCCAUUCAGUAUAGAUAGUUCCGACAUAAUUUCCCUCCAAAGCAUUGAAAUUAUUUAAUUUUACCUCAAUUUCUAUGACUGAUGGACACCGUAAAGGCUCUGAUUUGUCCGACAUGAUACUUUUAGAACUUUGCAAUAUGAUCAAAUACUUAGUGUAGCAUAGCUAAAACCACUGACAUUUUUUAAAAAUUUAGUUUUAAGUGUUUCUUUUUUAGUGCAACUGUUAAGGGAUUUUACCUGUAGAUCUUACAUUAGGAUUUCAAGCAGAAAAAAUAUCCUGAACAUACAGUCAUUGAUGUGGUGUUGUUGCUUAAAUGAGAAGUAUUAUGCAUGCUAUCAAUAUUAGAGUAUUAGAUCUAUUCUAUCAUAUAAGCCAGAGUGUCUCUUCUAAGACUGAACAGUUUCAGGGGGUUGAAGUUGCCCCUAGGAACAGACCUAUGAUCAGCCUAACUCCUCUAACUUUAAACAUUAGGGGCCAAGGCACAAAACUGACCUCAUAUCAGUGUCUAUGGGCAACUUUGUGCUUCUCCUUUUAGGGGUGCAGUAUGUAAAUAUAUGAUAACUGCUGUUAUAUUCCACUAGAGGGAGCAAGUGUUGCAAAAGUGGGGAGCACCAUUGAUAACACAUACCUCUUUUUAUAAACUAGCAAUUCAAAGGUUUUGAUACACAACUUGAGCUGAAUACUGUUAACGAGAAAUUAAUUCAAAUUCAAACUUUAAUUUUAAUUCUGGCGCUAACUUAGCUUUGCAGAAACAGGUCUCGUUCUUAUCUGGGUGGUGUGUUGAAAGAAGAUGUUAACUGUAUAUACAAGAAUGCUAACAUAAAUACUCUUUCCCUCUUAUUCAGAAUUUUAGACUUAAUAUUCUUAAUUCAAAUUGAGCAUCAAUGUUGUUUAUCUUAUUUUAUGAAGACAUGUCAUUAUUUGUUGUUUUUAUACUAUGCUAAACUGCAAAUAAUUAUUUCAAGUUCAUAUUUUGAUUCCAUAAUUUGUCUUUAAAUCACGCUUUGGCAGAUAGAUUUGUGGAUUUGAGUUGUCUUAUCGGUAGGUCUAAUUUAUACUUUUGUAGUGACACUAUUUUUAUAUACUGCAGAUAAUAGAAUACAAAGUCUUUUGUUUUUGAAUCUCAGAAGUGACAGCGCUGUACAAUGUUCUGAAAUACUUACUGUAGUAUGUGCUGUGUGAAUAAACUGGCUGAAAUUGA